UUCUCUAUUUUCCACCACCACAUUCAAAUUCUAUAGCUCUUGAGCCAUCAGUAUAGCUUGCAUUUUAGAGCUCAGACAUGGCUUCAAGAGCACUAGCCUCCACUGCCCUUUUCCUCGCCCUCAACAUUCUAUUCUUCACUUUGGUGAGUUCUAGUGAUUGCCAAGGAAAGCCUGAAGGCCCUAAACAUCAGCCAUCACCAUCAACAACACCAAAGGUCAAACCACCAAAAUCAAAGAGCACUUGCCCUAGAGAUGCCUUAAAGUUGCAAGCAUGUGCGAAUGUGCUGAACUUGGCGAAAGUUCUAAUCGGUGAAAAAGAGAAGGCCACUUGCUGCAGCCUCAUUGAUGGCCUUGUUGAUCUGGAAGCUGCUGUUUGCCUUUGCACUAGAGUCAAAGCUGAUCUCUUGGGCCUCAUCAAAUUGGACAUUCCUGUUGCUGUGGAGAUCUUGCUCAAUGAAUGCAAUAGGAAGGUUGCUGAAAAAUUCAAGUGUCCAUCCUACUAAAUUUCCUUCAGUUUAAUUAGUCCCUUCUGUUAUUUUUCUUUUCACGUCGUCUCUUCCUCGUGCUUUUUGUGGACCUUAGCUAGUAUGUUUACUGGCCAUGCCAUAAACAUUGCUACAUCAAUAAUUUGUUGCUGUUAUUUUCGUGUUGAUGGGAAGAGGAAAGACUCUUGGACUUUCCCCCUCUAAUCAUCUGUUUCUGUUAUGCUAAGAAAUUUGCCUCUUUCGUUUU